AAAGUGCCGCCCCGCCAUGCCAUGCAAAGUUUUUAGGAGGGUAACCAGGGUCAAAGCCUAGGAUGUUUGGUAAUAAUAAUACCAAUAAUGAUAAUGGUAGCUGUUUCGUGGAGUUUGCUGGCAGUGCCGACGCGGUUUCUUCCUCCCUCUCUUCCGCGUUCAGCCGUUCAACCGUGUUGGAAUUUGGAUUGGAUUCCAGUCGAAAUUCAGGAAGGGAUGAACUGAGCUCGUUUAGGUUUCCAAAUCCCAAAUCAAUCCCCUGAAACCCUCACGGCCUCACCCUCCACCCCCAACAAAUAUACGGAGGGGGAGGCAGAGAGAACACCGGGAGAUUGAUUGUUGCAAGAGCAGAUCUGAUUCCGGAAGGACUAGGGAGGUAUGCUUGCUUGAUUUAUCGUCUCGUUUCUGCCCCCUUGACCUAAGACAGGCAUCGGCCUCCUGGAUCUCAUCCGCCACAUGUCCAUGGAGCGGCAGCCGGACCGCUGGCGUCGGCAAGUCCAAGCCCCUGAUGGGUUGAUUACUUCACGGGCUAAAAGUAAGGGCUCACCCUGCUUGCAAGAUGAUGAUUCUCAGAGUGGUGAAAUACAAAUAUAUUCAGGACCAAGCCUUCCAGAGGAUAUCUUGUGCCAUAUACACUCCCUGAUGCCAAUGAGAGAUGCUGCCCAAGCUGCCUGUGUGUCUCGCGCUUUUCUACAUUCCUGGAGAAGCCAUCCCAACCUUGAUUUCAGUAAGAAAACAUUGGGAUCGAAUAAAAAAACAUAUGGAAAUGGUGAGGUCGCCAGAGAUUUCUCUAGUAAAGUUGACCACAUUCUGAGAAAGCACUCAGGCAUUGGUGUGAAGAAACUCAAGAUUCAUAUGCCCGAAUUUUGCAAUGCAAAGGACUCCUGUUAUCUGGACAGUUGGCUUCAGAUUGCUGUUAUACCAGGAAUUGAAGAUCUUGUACUAGCACUGUGGAAAGCAAAAUAUAACUUCCCAUACUCACUCUUAUCUAAUGGGAGUGGAGACUCAAUACGAUCUCUUCAUCUUGCCGGUUGUUCCUUCCGUCCCACAUCUGAACUUGGUGGGUUAAGAACCCUAACAAGACUGCAUCUUCGUGAUGUCUGUAUCAAGGGGGGCGAGUUAGGGUCCCUUCUUUCUAGUUCUUUGACUUUGGAGCAAUUGGAAAUCAUGAAUUGUGAUGGGAUUGUUUGCCUGAAGGUACCUUGCUUGCUGCAGCGUCUCAGCAACCUAAAGGUAUUUGAAUGCCGCACGCUUCGAGUGAUAGACAGCAAAGCUCCAAAUAUAUCAAGAUUUUCCUUUACUGGAGAUCAUAGAGUUAAAUUAUCACUUGGAGAAGCAUUGCAAAUGAAUAACCUAUUCAUGUGCUUCUCUGGCGCAGUCCAUUACGCUCGUGUUGAACUUCCAUCCAGCAUGCCAAACCUUGAAACUGCUACCAUAUAUUCGGGAAGUGAGAUAGUUGAUACACCAAUGCUGCAUAGCAAAUACGCCCACCUCAAGAAUCUAAGUAUUGCUCUCAUAGCUCUAACAUUUCCUCCGACCUAUGAUUAUUUUUCUCUGGCCUCCUUUUUUGAUGCCUGUCCCUCGUUGGAGAUUUUCUUGUUGGAUGUCUCACAGCGAAAGAUGGAGCACGUCUCAAUUCUUGGAGAUCCAUCAGGUCUGAGACAUUUGCGAGGACAGCACCACCACAAAAUCAAGAGUGUGAAGAUACUUGGAUUCACGUCUUCAAAGAGCCUGGUUGAGCUAACAUGCCAUGUUGUUGAGAAUAUUACAUCUCUUGAGCUACUUACAUUGGAGGCCCAUCAGAGUACUGUUAGGUGUUCUGUGCCUGCUCACAACUGUCGCAAGUGCUCUCCACUGCCCAUUGAUGUUCUCAUGGAAGCUGAACGGGCACUCUUCGCCAUCAGGGCAUUCAUCGAGCCUAAAGUUUCCUCCAAAGUAAAGUUGAAUAUUGUGGAGCCUUGCCGCCAAUGCCAUGCUGCUGAACUUGCACGUUUAGGAUAAUUGAUUACCAUUAGUUUUUGUUUUUAGACGUGCCAUGGCUCCUUAAAUACAUUGUCAUAAGUUUCCUCCGCGACUUGUGCUGUUAUCUCUGCUUCAUCGUGCUGUUCGGUGUUUAGCUCUGUACUAUAACAUUAUAUUCUCACAAUUCGGUAGUGGAGUACCUUUUUUGUUUGCAAA